AUGUCUGUGUUUGAGGGAGCAGUUUGCCAUGAUCUGCUUUACCAACAGGGCCGCUUGUGCCAGCUGGGUAGUGAAUUCUGUGAACUAGAAGUUUUUGCAAAGGUGCUACGAGCUUUAGAUAAAAGACAUCUGCUCCAUCACUGUUUCCAGGCUCUGAUGGACCAUGGAGUCAAGGUUGCUUCUGUCCUGGCCUAUUCCUUCAGCAGACGGUGCUCCUACAUUGCAGAGUCAGAUGCUGCUGUGAAAGAAAAAGCAAUCCAGAUUGGCUUUGUGUUAGGGGGGUUCCUGUCAGAUGCAGGCUGGUACAGUGAUGCUGAGAAGGUUUUCCUUUCCUGCCUUCAGCUGUGCACCCUCCACGAUGAAAUCCUUCACUGGUUCCGUGCUGUGGAGUGUUGUGUGAGGCUGCUGCACGUUCGGAAUGGGAACUGCAAGUACCACCUGGGAGAGGAGACCUUCAAGCUGGCCCAGUCCUACAUGGAGAAGCUGGCCAAGCACGGGCAGCAGGCCAACAAGGCAGCGCUCUACGGGGAGCUCUGUGCCCUGCUCUUUGCCAAGAGCCACUACGACGAGGCCUAUAAGUGGUGCAUAGAAGCCAUGAAGGAGAUCACAGUUGGGCUGCCUGUAAAAGUAGUGGUGGAUGUGCUACGACAAGCAUCCAAGGCCUGUGUGGUGAAGCGGGAGUUCAAGAAGGCUGAGCAGCUCAUAAAGCACGCUGUGUACCUUGCCAGGGAACAUUUUGGAGCCAAGCACCCCAAGUACUCUGACACGCUACUAGACUACGGAUUUUACUUGCUCAACGUAGACAAUAUCUGCCAAUCUGUUGCCAUCUAUCAGACAGCGCUGGAUAUCCGGCAGUCAGUAUUCGGAGGUAAAAACAUCCACGUAGCUACAGCUCAUGAAGACUUGGCUUAUUCCUCAUAUGUUCACCAGUACAGCUCUGGGAAAUUUGACAAUGCACUAUUCCAUGCUGAACGUGCUAUUGGCAUUAUCACUCACAUUCUCCCAGAAGACCAUCUCCUUUUGGCCUCUUCAAAGAGAGUUAAAGCACUUAUCCUGGAGGAGAUUGCCAUAGACUGUCACAACAAGGAGACAGAGCAGAGGCUGCUGCAGGAGGCUCAUGACCUGCACCUCUCCUCGCUCCAGUUGGCUAAAAAAGCCUUUGGGGAGUUCAACGUGCAAACAGCCAAACACUACGGCAACCUGGGCAGACUGUAUCAGUCCAUGAGGAAGUUCAAGGAAGCAGAGGAAAUGCACAUCAAGGCCAUCCAGAUCAAGGAGCAGCUCCUAGGGCAGGAGGAUUAUGAAGUUGCCCUCUCCGUGGGCCAUCUCGCCUCCCUCUACAACUAUGACAUGAACCAGUAUGAAAACGCUGAAAAGCUUUAUCUGAGAUCCAUAGCAAUUGGAAAGAAGCUUUUUGGUGAAGGAUACAGUGGACUUGAAUACGAUUACAGAGGUCUCAUUAAACUGUACAAUUCCAUUGGCAAUUAUGAGAAGGUGUUUGAGUACCACAACAUUCUGGCCAAUUGGAACCGCUUGCGGGACCGGCAGUUCUCGGUGACGGAUGCGCUGGAGGACGUCAGCACCAGCCCCCAGUCCACGGAAGAAGUGGUCCAGUCUUUUCUGAUGUCUCAGAACCUCGAUGGACAGAGCAGCUAAGAACUUGGUCAAUUAACCAGUUAAGGUUUUUUCCCCCAGGUUACAGGGGGAAAAGUCAUACUGUGAAAUCUCUAAACCAUGUAGUUCUCUGGGGGCUGGAAUUUGCAUUGAAACACUGGUCCAGUCUACUGAAGAGUGCCCAUACGGAUGAAUGUGUGUUAAAUUCCUCUCAGCAUGUGUAUGGCAUGUUUAGUUCGGCUCACAUUUUUAACUUGGUAUUCCCAAAAAAAAACCCCUUCUUUCUCUCUUCUUUCAAAAGAAGCUACUUUGCAGAAAGUCUGCAAGAAAACAUUAAAUAAAACUGUUUGAGUUCAAAAGAGUUGCAUUCUUAUUACGGAUGGAAGGUUUCAUCGAGAGCUUUCUGCUGAUUCACAGAGAGAACAAAAGCUCCACUCUGAGGAGCUGUAGGAGAAAGGUCUUGCUGCUGUACCAGUGUAGCAAAGUUCAUGGUAAAUGGCCAGCAAAGGGAGGAUGUGCUGGCCUUGGCUGCUGCCUUACCAAGAGAAGUGGCAAAGCCCCACUCUGGAGAGCACCAUCCACUCGUGAGUGCCACCUGUGCUGUUGUGGAUGCCCUGAACUGGACCAGUACAGAUCCCAUAGACCAGCAAGCACAGUGUCCUCAGUGCCACCACCUGUGCUCCCUGGGCAGGACCAGGACACCACAGUGGACCAGCCUGCUAGAAACUGCUUUUGGACCAGUGGCUUUAAUUUAAUAUUUCUGCCCCUGCAUUCACUUUGACGGUAGAACUCUCUCAUUUAGGUGUCUGAUCAGUGCAAAUGAUAUCCAUGUGAUAGAUCCAGAGCUAGGAAGUGAAUUGAUGGUUUGUCUGUACCCAGUGAGCUUCUGCAGAGGUUGCUGGCAGUGCCACAGCUCCCCACGCUCCACUCUGCUGCAGCCAUUCCUCCUUUCCUCUCCCGUGGGCUCUCUCUGCUAACAGAGGCCAUUCCUUGUUUAUACCAGUGAAGAGUUCUGUGGUCCAGUCCAGGUCAUUUUCUGUUUCUGGAGAACACAGCUUACUGUACAGUUUGCAGGGGUCGGUAGAAAAUGCCAAAAAACACAACAGGUCUUUUUAUUUUUUUUUGUGAUGCUUCAUUUCUACAUUAAACAAGAGUACAAACCAGAAAUGAUUCCUUAUGUUAAUUUCCCAAACAGAGCUCAGCUGUACAGACCCUCUGAGAAUGCCUCUCUCACUAGCUUGUCUUAAUUCUUCUUCUCUUGGGAGCUGUGUGCUUGUGUGGGUUUGGGUAUUGUCUUGGGGUUUGUUUUAUUCCUGAUGUUGGGUGAUAUUUGAAGUCUGUGUAACACAAACUAGAUCUUUCUUGCUGCUGUUACCUCAGCAGUGCCCUGGCUCUGGGGUUCUGUGGGUUCUGUCCUUUUGGGGGUUUCUCUGCCCCUCCUUUCAGGGUUUGUACCUUGGCCAGUCACAGCCUGGGCUCGCUGGCUCUUCCCACAGGACUGGGACUGGAUGUUCUGUUUGGGGUCUGGUUUUUUGUUGGUUUGUGGCAGGUGACGGUGCUGAAUGAUCUUCAGGGAAGAAAUAGAGGUUUUGGAUAUGACUUGGAGCUUAAUGGCUCUUCUUAGAAGUGAAAUUUUACAGGCCAAUAGUUCAUAUUCUGGUGCCUUCAAGUGUUUUUUUGGGGGGGGGAAAGGCUGAGUAAUAUCAACUUUAAAAUGCAAUGUAACAUAAUUAGUGAAUGCAGAUAAAUGAUUGCAUACUUAGAAUAUCUUCACUGAGGCAAAAAGAAGUUAUUUGCAUAAAACCCCCUGUGGUAUUAGGACUUAACUGCAGUGUGUCUGCAACAGCUGCUCAGUGAAAAUCCAACUCAGUUAUGUGUGGAUUUAAAAUGUGAUUUAUUUAUAGCAGUUUUGUUUAUGACUGUGCAGGAACUACAGAAAAAUUCAGCUAUACAAGGCAAAACCUUCUCCCUGAAUGCCCAUGGCACUGACAAGUUACAAAGUUCUUACGAGUUCCUGAGUCCUCUUAAAAGUUAUUUAAAGUUAAACAAAGUAUGUAACAGUGUCAGAACUUGGGCAGGAAAGUGGCUGAGAGCUGUCCUGAAGAACCUGAGUGAUUCUGUGCUGCAGAAGUGUUGAAGCUCCCAGCUGGGUCUGUGGCUUUACACUGACAUGGGCUGGAGUUUUAUGCACUCCACCUUCCCAGUCUUGGGGCUCCAGUUUUGGCUAAGGAACCCCAGAGCUCUGAGGCUGUUUGUGCUGAGGAGCAGUGUUGGGCUGACAGCAGCCAGGGCCUGCAGGAGCCACUGCUGCUCCAGCCUGUGUGUGUGUCCCUGGGCAGGGCAGGGCAGCUCCUGCCUGGCAGCCCGGGAGGGGCUGUGCUUCCAGAACCAAACCAAGCCCGCAGUUCCUUUGUUGGUGGCUUCAGUCUCAGCUCUGGCGGCCGCUGCUCUUUGUCCUUUCCCAGAGCUGUUCAGCUCUGUGCAUUAGCUGGGCUGGGAGGAAGGAAGGUCCUAAAGCUGCCUGGAAUCCCUUUGCUAGAGGAACUUGGCCAAGGGCUCUUGGAUCCUCCUGUGCCUGCAGGGAAUCCUGGCUGGGCUGAGCUGCUCCUGCAGCUCCCCUGUGCCAGGGCAGGUCC